UCUGAUUCUCAUCUUAUUUACACCAAAAUUGAGAUCAUCGAUCGUGUGCCCAAUUAAUUGUCAUCCAUAUAUAUAUAGCCAUGAAGAGACGGAUAGAAAAUGAAGAAGCAGAGAGCAUAGUUAUGGAAGUGUGCAAGAAAAUGUUCUCUGAAUUAGCAGGAGAUAUCAAUGUCCAAAAAAGUCCAACCCAAGAAGCAUUCGAGUGCAAGACCUGCAACCGCAAAUUCUCGUCGUUUCAAGCGUUGGGUGGUCACAGGGCUAGCCACAAGAGGCCUAAACUUGAGGAUUCUUCUGUGGGUAAACCCAAAAUACACGAGUGCUCAAUUUGUGGCCUGGGAUUCUCUCUGGGUCAGGCACUGGGAGGCCACAUGAGAAAACACACAGAAUCCAUCAAUGGAAAUGAAAGCUUUUCAUUUUCUUCUAUAAACCAGGUUGUUGUUGCAUCCAGCAGUAGUAGUAGUAGUGCAAGGACAAUGUGCUUGGACCUCAACUUAACGCCUUUGGAGAAUGACUUGAAGUUCUUGUUCGAGAUCACAACCCCACCUAAACUUAAUAUUUCUUUGUGAUCGUUUGUGAUUUGUAUUAAUUCUUUUCUUUGGAUCGGAUGCGAUUAUUUAUUGCUUUAAGUUUUUUGUGUAAAUGAUGGAGCUUUUCUUUUUACUAUGUUAA